GGUGCGCGGCCGGCUCGGUGGUCGUGGCGCGGUGCAGCGUUGAGCAAGGAUGACCGCGAAAACGACGUUCGAGCCGGCGGAGGUUCCCUCGCUUGACGUGCCGUCGCUGCUGGACGUCACCUCGACCGAGGAGGACCCCUGCGCCAACGGCACCGCCGCCAACGCCGUGGAGGUCAGCUGGCCGGACAUGCCGUUGGCGAUCUUGAAGGGCUGCGUCCUCGGCUCGAUCAUCGCCACGGCCCUCUUCGGCAAUCUCCUGGUGAUGGUGUCAGUGAUGCGGCACAGGAAGCUGCGCAUCAUCACCAACUACUUCGUGGUCUCGUUGGCGCUCGCGGACAUGCUGGUGGCGAUGUUCGCGAUGACGUUCAACGCAAGCGUGCAGGUGACCGGCAGAUGGCUGUUUGGCUAUUUCAUGUGCGACGUGUGGAACUCCUUGGACGUCUACUUCAGCACCAGCUCGAUACUCCAUCUGAUGUGCAUUUCGGUGGAUCGUUACUACGCGAUCGUCAAGCCGCUCAAGUAUCCCAUCAACAUGACGAAACGAGUGGUGGCGUUCAUGCUGCUCGCCUGCUGGAUCUCGCCAGCAAUCAUCUCCUUCGUGCCGAUCUUCUACGGCUGGUACACCACCGAAGAGAACAGCGUGCACCGUCACAAGCACCCGGAGCUGUGCGAGUUCAAGGUCAACAAGAUCUACGCCAUAUUGUCGUCGAGCAUAUCCUUCUGGAUACCGUGCACCAUCAUGACGGUCACGUACUUCGCGAUAUUCCGCGAGGCGAACCGGCAAGAGAAGCAAAUGCACAGUAGAAUGGGCAACGCCAUGCUGCUCAGCCACCGGCCGAGCAAGGAUCUCAAUAAUCUCAACGGAGAGCUCAACAGCGGCGGCUCCUCCAAGACGCUCACUCUCAACGAGAUCAACACCGAUCACCUGCACACUCCCACGAAGGACAAGAACAUGAUGAAGAUGAAGAGGGAGCACAAGGCGGCGAGGACGUUGAGUAUCAUCAUGGGUACCUUCAUCCUCUGCUGGCUGCCAUUUUUUCUCUGGUACGUCAUUACGGCGCUGUGCGGCGAGACCUGUCCGUGCCCCGACAUCGUGAUCGCGAUCCUCUUCUGGAUCGGAUACACGAAUUCAGCGUUGAACCCACUGAUAUACGCGUACUUUAAUCGCGACUUUCGGGAAGCGUUCAAAAAUACCCUGCAGUGCGCCUUCUGCUCGCUCUGCAGACGGGAGCCGUCCGACCUCGAGGCGCUGGACUUCCGUCGGCCAUCCCUCAGAUACGACGAUCGAACUAAGAGCAUAUACUCCGAGACGUACAUGAAGCACAUCGACCGACGAAGAUCGAGCGAGUUCGGAAGCAGUCUUUGAGACGAGACUAUAUUUAGAUUUUAAGAGCAUGUACGAGUACAAGAAAGCACGUUGACCAACAUAUAUACGUACAUACAUACACACAUACAUACAUACGUACUGUACUGACGCGCGCGCGCGCCAAUGAACCAUACAUAUUCGUUAACGUAUAACACGAACCUCUGUCCCGCCGAGACAUCCUUCGCCACUUUUUGCCAAAUAGUCGAGAACGAAGGGGGCCAAAAGGGACUCCAAAAGGGGGGAGACUCUGUCGGUUUUCCCAUGGCGACGAUACGACCACACGCUGACCCGCCCCGGAAGUAACUCCGCGAAUACAAACACACGCGCGCAUACACAUACAUACACACACACAUAGAUCACACCACGUCGCGUAUUGCCAAAGUUAGAUUUUUAAGUAAGCUUCGCGUAAGCGCCGUUGCGCGAGAGGAAGAGCGGCGCACUUCGCGCACGAGGAUCAAUAAGAUCGUGCUUACGGAGGAAACGGAAGAGAGGAGCCUCCGACUGAACGGCGAGAGCAUCGGCCGGCCACUGCGAGAGGAGACACUCGCUCCUUGCGGAUAUCCUGGCAGGAUAUCCGACUGAAUAUAACUCGGAGGAAGCCAACAACGAUGGAGAGAGCCGGGAACGGUCUCGUAAAUCUCUUAAUGUACUUCCUUGGUCAAGGAAAUGCGUACUUGCGACGUCUCUUUGAUCGCGAAUAUUUCGACCCGAGAGAGAGAGAGAGAGAGAGAGAGAGAAAUCACCGCGUUUAUAUAGGCCGAGCAAGCCCCAUGUUAAAUUAUUUCGUCACCGUAGCGAUUUAAUUCGAUUAUUUAUGACAGAUACGAACGUUCCACGAAACGGUAUCUGUCGAUUUAAGAAGUGUACUUCGCGCCAAUGAGAAACGUCUCUUAGUAAACGUAGGACGUUGUGAAGCACGCGAUUAUCGAGCGGUGACGCCGUGUGAAGAGUGUACAACGCGUAGGCGACACGAUCGAAUUAAAUUAUUGCAUAUUAUUGUAAAUUAUAUAUAAAUGGUCGAUCAACGCAUUGGAAAUUGAUCAAGCGAGAAGCAAAGGCUAAUGGUUAUUACUUGAUGCUCGUCUCAGAUGAGGUACUCAGACUUGAGUUCAGAGUCCAAAGUCUAGAUGAAAAUUUUUCGGUUAAAUCGCGGUUGCAGGUAUAAAAAUCAUGUGUAUCAUAAUUUAAAUAAAAAACUUGCAUCUAACUCUGAAUGAAAAGUCUUCGGCUCAUAAAUAAGUUAUUGACUCUUCUCUCAAGUGAGACACUCAGACUUGAAUUCAGAGUUAGAUGAGAGUUUGACAGUUAAAUCGCGACUACAAAUAUAGAUGUCACGUAUAUUACAAUUCAACUGAGAAACUCUCAUCUAACCCUGAAUAAAGAUGCGUUGUUAAUAAUUAUUAUACGUGAAAUUCUUUUCUCAAGUGGAAUACUUCAAAUUUGAAUUCAGAGUUAGAUAAGAAGUUUUUCGGUUCAGUCACGAUUACAACAGAUAUAAGAACUACGAGUAUCAUAACUCAACUGAAAAACUUGGAUACUCUGAAUAAAAACAAGUAUCUCACAUAAGAUAAGUUUCAAGUGGCAACUACUGAUACAGGCCAAAGAGAAUGUGAGCGUGAAGUCGUGAUGCGCUAAGAAUUAGAGAAUAAUUCAGAAUGGAGUGAUUUAACAUCGAGCCAGUCUGAUACUAGUCGAUGACGUACACUUCAAAUGCUCGGUCUCCGCGAUUUCAGAUCAAACGCGAUCUGUCUAAAGAACUCGGCCAACUUUACCUCAUCGCGAUAAAUUCGGCCUCGCAAUAAUUUGCCGGCGUGUGCGUUAAGUGGCUGAGAGCAUCGUGAUGUACAUCGCGCCCGCAAUAAACGCGAUGACGCGAGUCGCGUGUACCAAAGAUACGUGAAAGCUAUCACAUUCGUAGGGAAUCAAUCGACGCCGAAACCCUGCGAAUUAAAAAGAAAAAAAAAAAAAAACGAAAAGAAAUGAAAAAUAAAAAAUGACAGUGUUGACAUACAUUCGUAUCGUAAAUUGGCUGUGAAUCCGAAAACUUGAGCGUUGCGCGGCGUGUCGUUACGCUGUAAUCGCGCCGAGGGACCCGCAGAAGGAUUAUAAUCUGCUAAUUGUAGUUCAGUCGUCGUGUUACCUACGCAAGUCUGAACGACGCCUCCGCCGCUGUUGAUCAUAGUCGCGAAGUUGCCGGCAAUUCCGCCGCCGCCAGUUGGCUCAUAAUUGCGCCGCGGUCUCAAAUUGCCCAGGUCGGCAUUGGCACUUGGAAAUUGGCGCGAUGACAACCGCGAAGGCUUCCGCGCGGUCGAACGGGAAUCUCAAAACACGUCGGACUGGAGACCCUCGGGAGAGUUGCUCGUGCUGCCGGCGGCUAAAUGAGGUUUCCGUGUAAUGACAAAUCGCAACGCGUAUUGCUGCGCGGUGUCGCUCUGAAGCGCGUAAUAAUACACGAGGAAUAAACGAUCGUUACGUUGAACCGAUCGAGCCGCAACCGCGGCGGCGGCGGCGGCGAUUAAGACCGACCUAAUUGUAACGCUUGGGGAAUACGAAGUGAGAAUUUACUCUCUGGGCGCUGUGACUUCCAGCACAGCGAAGCUCCCGAGGUCAAGGCUCUCUCGAUCCCACCGUCGAGUCGAACGGAUGCGUCGCCGUCGCGCGCACCACAUCCUCAAGCUCUCUUAGUUCCUACGAUCGCGAGGUGCACUCUUCCAUAUCGCUCUCUCUAUUUCCGCGUACGUGUCGAUGUGUAGUGUGAAGUAUGAUGUGUGAUUAGUUGCGCGCCUCCUCCGGCUGCAGUGUUAUCCGAGGAUGCGCCCCCGAGGGUCGCGGAGGUCGCUGUUCGAAGUCACACGUCGCGGCGCGUCGGCAGGGGCUUAUUAAGGGGCAAACUACCCCCUGCGUUACGCGGCCACGUUCGUUCUCCGUUUCUCCCUUUGCUCUCCCUACGGGACGUCCCGUUCUCGAGAGGAAACUAGCCUCCAGAUCUCCAGGUAAACGAGAGUUGAUCGACCGUGCGUGAACGACCCAAGAGGAGACAGAUCGGGAGAAUUCGCCGGCCUCCCAGAACAAACGCGGCCGAUCGCGUUUGCCGUAGCCUAAUCACUCGAGUCCACUGCGAAGUCGCACGUUUCGUUUUGCACAUGGGGAAAAUAUUGCAAUAAAAAUAACAGAAAAGUUUUUGCGAUCUUGGGCCACGCAGAAAUUAUAACUGACACCUUUAUAUAAUUUGUUCGAAAUGCACGUCUGAUUUUUUAUUACAAGAUUAUUCUAAUUACUUGAAUUUUUUCUAUAUCAUGCAUUCGAGGUAGAUAGUCAAAUAUAUUAUUUAUUACAAUUUUAAUUAUAUUACAAUUUCAGUGUUAUAAACAGCCAACUUUAUAAACAGCCUAAAAAGAAAUAUAAUUUCAAUGUAAUUUUUGUAGUCUUAAACUUUACAACAAUUAUGACCAGAAUUAUUGUAUAAUUUGUUGGAAAAUGUUAUGUAUGUUUAAUUCUUUACUACAAAAUUAUUAUAAUUACUUCAAUAUUUUUUUAUAUCAUAUAUUAUCAAAUAUAUUAUUCCUAUAUUAUCAAAUAUAUUCAUACUGCAAUUUUAACAUAGCCCAGUUUUACAACAAACAAAAAUAUAUAUAUAAUUUCAAUGUAACUUUUAUAUUUUUAACUUUACAAAAAUUAUGACUAAAAUUGCUGUAUAGUUUAAAAUGGAAGAAACUGUAUAGUUUUAAAUGGAAAAUGUUAUGUACAUUUGAUUUUUUACUACAAAAUUGUAAUUACUUGAAUAUUUUUUUAUAUUAUAUAUUGUCAAAUAUAUUACUUCUAUAGUUAACUUGCACUACACAAUUUCAGUACAGUCUAAUUUUGCAAAAGACGCACAACGUGAAAAGAGAUAUAAAACUUCAACGUAAUUUUUACCACAAUAUUUUCCCCGUGCACUUUUUCCAUUUCUUCCUUGCCGCGUCUUCAUUCGGCGAGGAACGCGUCAAGUGUCCCGCAGAUAUUCGAGAGACCCCGAUCGAUUGAAAUCUAGUCAUACGCCGAAUGGAGAAUCUCGAUGAUAAUGCAAUUCUCACGAAUAAUCGGCUAUCGUCGCGCCAGUCUAUCGCGUCGGUGCCGCCGUCGCGGUCACGAUAAUAAACGGAUUAGGAUUAACCAAUUAAUCGUUUAAGAUGUUUGCGAGCGAACGAUCGCCGCCGAUUGGCGGUCUCAUGUGAAUCGCGCGGCGAGUGUCGCGCUUUAAUUGCCAAUUAUCGCCGCGAUGAUCACUCGGGAGAAAUCGAUGAGAUGAUGUCUAGUAUGUACGAGAUAUCGAUGAGAAAUGCUCAACCAGCGUUGUUAUCAGUGACUACCCUCAGCGUGCGUGAAUGACGAGCGAUCGCGAAAAUGUCCGCAUUUUGCUCGCCCAGAGCAGCGAAAAGCUCGCCGACUCCGUCGCGUUAAUCGUGUUCCAUUAUCCCGAACGUUCGUUGAACGUGUCGAAUUGAAAACGUGGAGGAACGAUCGCUCGUUUCCGACACCGCGAGCGUUCCCAUCGCCAGCACACACGUAUCCGUUCCUUCGAGUCCGACUAACGAGCAGACCGUCGCGAUAUUCAGCCGACAAAAUGUUGCGUAAGUUCUAUGGUCACGUGCACAUACACAACACAUGUACGAUAUAUCGUCGGUGUGUGUUGUGGAAGUUUCUUUUCUUUCUACUAUAUUUUUUGAUAAUUGCGUAAGACGCAAUUAUUAUUACAUAUGGUAGACGUGUUUUGUCAAAGAAAAGAACCAAAUGCAACAUGGAAAAGAAGUUUGACUGGAUGCAAAUAGCUGGUGAAAUAAAAACGAACCAAAAAAUUCCAGUCGUUACCAGAGUUCUGUUCAAGGAAACGAGAUUUCUAAUUAAGCUGAACAGAAUUCUAUAUCAAGUGAUAUUUUCUGACUCGUUCAUACCUUAUCAGAAAUUGGCUAAUUCAACUGAACUUCUUUUCCGUGAAUAAAUCAACGCUUAAUUCAGCGAAUACACGCUCUGUGUAUAGAAUUUCUCUGUGUAGAGAAAUGUACAGAAUCCGAAUUGAUAUUAUUAUUAUUAUUUUUAUUAUAUACUUAUUUUUAUUGUAUAUUUAUAUGUUUAUACGCAGCUGCAUGAGGAAAGCGCGACGCGAUUUUUGAUUUACCGAUUCGUUCGCAUCACAGUUUCUAACUUCUAUUUUACUAUGUUUCUAGUCGUGCAGUUAUAGACUGUCAAUAAUGUCUAUCUUGCUAAGAAAAUAUAGUAACGCUAGAAACAAAUUUUUUAACAGUACACGGAGAGAGUAUUGCAGUAAAUACUACAAUACAAUUUUAGUACUCCGGAAAUAGACGGACAUCAUUACAAAAAUUAUAAUAAAACAUAGUAAAACUUAUCAUAAAUAUGACCAUUUUUACAUUUAUGGUAAUUUUUACUAAUCCGUCCAUAGUUACUUUUACCAAGUCUUAUAUAAUUUUCAUCAUAGUAUCAGUUUAUCUUGGAGUACUAAAACUGUAUUGUAAUUUUUACUACAAUAUUAUGGCAUUAUUACGAAAAUUAUAAUAAAACGUAGUAAACAUGAUCAUAAACAUGAUAAUUUUUACUACAUUUAUGGUAAUUUUUAUUACGUUCAUGAUCACUCUUACUAUAUUUUAUUAUAAUUUUAGUUUUAUUAUAAUUUGUAUUAUGUUUUUUUAUAAUUUUCACUAUAGUGCCAAUCUAUUCCCGGUCUACUAAAACUGUAUUGUAAUUUCUACUACAAUAUUCUCUCCGUGUACAUUUCAGUUCCUGAAAUAUAAACAGCAUAUAAAAAUGAAAUAAAAUAAAAGUGAAUUACAGAAGUGAAUUACUGCAGGAUAUCGAUUAAUUUCACGGCCACAAAGUUCUGCAGUAAUUUUUAUUGCGAAACUCUCCCCAUGUGUCGAGCAACGAUCCGCUCUCUAUUCUCACGCUUAUCGUAAGCGAUUUCAAAAUAUUUCACGCGGCGAUGUAGUUGCUCAUUCGCGAACGCGAACAGUUUCGCGAACAGAUGAGUAAUAACAAUGAUCAUCAAUCAUUGAGCCAUUCGAUUCAUGUACAAAGUUUAUUUACAACGUCACACUACGCGCUGUACGAUACGUUAUUCGAUUUUCUUCUGUGAUAAAAGUUAGAGAAAAACAUCGUCGGAUCUUAUAAUUCGCCGCUACCUGUAAAUAGUUUGUAAAUAUAUAUUAAUAUAUACAUAUAUAUGUAUGUUAUAUUAUUUCUCUCGCGUUGUAUAGUUACCGAGGUGAGACUAGUUGUGCAAUAAUUACAUCAAAGAGAGAGAGAACGUUUCUUUCUGCUUCGGUAACUUAUUUAUUACUUUUUAAACUUUCGUCUCACACACUGACCCACGCGUCAACAAUUAAACGCGAAUGUUAGAUUAUAUAAGUCAUGUAGGUAAACAAUGAUAUAGAGAAAAUGAGAGCCAACGCGUCUUUUUUGUCCCGAAAAUUUCCCUCUCUGUCACGUCGCAACGUGGCAUCGGUAUAACAGCCCGAGACGCGUCAAGAAAAAUGCGUAAUCCAAUUAGGAUUUAUAUAUGUGUAUAAACUUUGAUUUCCGCUACUGAUCAAUUUUUUUGCGAUCAAAGAGAUCGCACCGUGAAGAUAGCUAUAAAUUCGAGAUUUUGCGGAUUUUGGAAAAAAAAGCCCAGUGCUGCUGUGGCGUUAACAUCAUUCGAUAUAACGUCGACGCGAAUAAAAACGACAUAUCGCGACCGAACGACCUCUCGCGGCGAGGUCUCUCCUCUUGUGUAACAUUAUGCCGAAAGAAAUGGGAUAUGCAAAUAUUUUUUUCAUCCGCGGUCGCGACGGAGCGACGCGUCGGCAUUGGUUUUUGCAUAUGACAGUGACAUAUCAACGUUAUACACAUUGCGACGUGACGGGACAUUGCGUGAGCACCGAGCACACACACGUGAAAUGAUAACGUUUUCUCAUUUGCCUCUUAAUACGCGUAAAAAAUGUCGGGGAGUCGGGUCAAGCGUGCUGUCGCGGGUUAACCAUACGAGCAUCACCGUUAAUCCAACGGAAAUAUGAAUCUUACAUUCGCAUCUCGACGGCGCUUGCAUCACGUUCAACUCUCCUCAAUCGCGACAACACGUGUCCAACUUGGUACAAGUCGGAGCGACAGCCGUUUGCUCACAACACGAGCCGGGAACGAAACAUAUUUCGGAAUAUACGUCCCGAAGAAUGAGUUUUUCCACGAUUUUUGCUCGCGCUUCCGCUCUCCCCUCGUCGAAAUUCGCGAUCCGAGACAAAACUUGGCAUUGACUGUAUUCGGCAGAGAAAACUGCUUUGCAACUGUUGUAACAUUCAUGAAUCUGAUCGGUGUAUGUUCCUAAUCUUGGCUGAAUCUAAGAGCAUAUAUGCCAAUCAGAUUCACAAAUAACAGUUUUACAACAGUCGCAAAGCAGUUUCUUUCGCCGUUGAUCAUUGACUUCGCGAUCGCGUGAAAUCAAUCGCAAAAAGCUCUCUCCAAUUCGUAAGAGAAAGAUCAGGCCUAUAAGAAGCCUUAUCACUGGGAUGUAAAUAAUUAUGGGAGAAUAUUAAGGUUUGAGAACGCACGCGCCGAAUAUCUUUCCGGACUUGCAACGUGCGCGGUGUAUUUCAUUUACAUUCUACUUCAAGUCCACAUUAGUCAUAGUCGCUCCUUAUCCCAUUCUAAUUAGAUAGAAUAAUAUACAUUGUUGAUUCAUCUGAAUAUGUUCCAUGAUUGAAAUUACUCGCACUUACACACUGAAAAAAAGAUACUUGAAUAUUUUUAGAACAUAAAGUUGAUAUUUCUGUGAAAUAAAAUCCAUUUCUGCAAAUAAACUUUAUGUUCCACAAAUAAAUUUUCAAGUAUUCGUUUCUCAGUGCAUCCAACGAUCUUUCACUCAUUUAGGUUAUACACAUUUCAGAGAGAGUCUGUGUGUUAUAUACAAUUUAAUUCUAUUAUAGUUCAGCUCUCUAAUUUACUCCGUUGUUUCAUAAUCCGGGUCGUCGUGUUUCAUUAAGCUCUCUUAUUAUUUAAUACACUGUCCCACUUUAAUUCUUGCAGUGUUAAAUUCUUGGCGCGCGAGAAAUACGUAUGGUAUUAAUAAUACAAUAUUAUCUUCUUUGAAAGAAGAAUCCUUGAGGGAAGCUUUGUCCUCUCAUGAGCCAUUACGCGGAAACUUCAGUACACGCAAGUAGAUCAAGGGAAUACUCCCUCCCUCUCUCUCCCCCGCCCUCCUUCUCUUUCCCUCUCGCUGUUUCGCUUUUGCUCUACGCGCCGCGAUCGAUAAUCAGCCGAGAAUAAAAUUACCCCUUCCCUCAUCCCGACAUUCUAUCGCGAGAAUCGCGCAUUUAGAUGAUGCAUUUGUGCUCGCGAGGAGUUCAGGCAGACUUUCAGGCGGAUGCGCGCGGACGGGCGCGACGCAAUCGUUCACGUCGGAGAUCAUCUUCGAAUCCCAACAAUCUCGUUAAGCGGAAGUAUAAAUGUCACGGAUCUCGUCCCGCGCAUGAGGAAUCAAUUCACAUCGUCGAUGAAGCCAAACGAUCGGGCCGAAGCUGACGCAUGCAAGUGACGUUUUCAGGUCGCGGAGGUGGGCUUGAAAGACGCGACGUUUUCUAUUCUCUUCGCUUCCUUCGCGGGGAAUUAACUAUUCCCCGCGAAACGCCCGAUGGAAGCCGCGAACUCAUGCUGCGAGUAUGACGAGCGAGAACGCGAGUUUGCAAUUUCAAGAGUCGCGUUUCGCCUGCGAGAGCGGAACCUCUCGAGCGUCGUUCCCAGCGCGCACAUCUGAUUUUACAACGUAUUUAAAUCGCUCUCGCUUUAAAUAAUGCCGUUCAGCCGCUGCUCCUCGACGGAAGUGGCGGUAAUUUAUACGAAACACACGUAUAUCGUGUCACUUGUCUCGCUCGAUAAUAUUCCGAUUACGUUGAAAUAACAUCGCGUAUGAAUGCGCGCGCGUGAACAGAAGAUACAAUAUCAAUUGUUCGUGUGAUUCAUUCUUUAAUACAUUAUUAAAGCGACACGUUAACGCAGCAGUUUCAUUCCGUUAAUUGUUUAAUGAGAAUGAGAGACAGAGAGAGAGAGAGAGAGAGAGAGAGAGAGAGAGAGAGACGCGUUGCUGAAUGUAAAAUAUGCGUGUGCACACACAUGCAAAGAGGGGAAACAAUAGCCGACGCGAUUAUCAAAUGUACGCGAGAAUGUGGUGUCGCGCUAAAGGUACAAUGCGUGCAACUCGUGCGCUCGGAAAUAAGCUAAUCUCGAUAAAUUUUAAUCCGCACGUCGCCGUUAAAGGCUCAGCUCUACAGCGACGCGAUUAUGCCGAGGCCCGGAAGAGAGUGGAAAAAUGCAUUCGCGGUACGAGAAUAUCAUGUUACAAUCGAGAGAGCUUCAAUUUAAUCAGAUUUCCGAUUUAAUAUUCACUUUGUAACCGGCGAUUCUUUCCUAGCUGCGCCUUUUUUCUCGUUCUUCAUCCCCCUAAUUCUCCCUCCCUCUCUCUCUCUCUCUCUCUCUCUCUCUCUCUCUCCCUCUCUCCCUCUCUCUAUCUAUCUAUCUAUCUAUCUUCUUUGACUCUAAUUGCAGCGCAUGUUAAAGCCGUUAGACACGAUUUCUCUGCAACUUUGUAGAAUCCAAGGACUCUUCUUCAUUAGCCUACAUGUCGACGAAACCGAGGCGCGUUGAAAACCGAGAGAAGGUACUGACGAAAUUUCGGAUUUAAGUUCCCACCUGUCUUUCGAGAUUCCCUAAAGUAGAAUAAAGCGUGCGCUUUAUGCGGGGAACGUAUAUUUGCAAGUGAUAAAUUUGGAAGUUUAGUAAUAAAUUCAAAACUCCACACAUCCGAAAGUAUCCUUGUGCUCAUCAGGGCUCAUUUCGCCCGAUUCAUCUCGAUCGCGGGAGUAAAUUCGCGCGCAAUUUAACAUCAGCGGCCGGAUAUUUCGCUGCGCGCUGUUAAUUAACUGAUAUUAAAUUUCGCGUGCGUGCGCGAGUGCGCACGUCGAGAUUUCAUUAGAAACUCUCGCGAACGCAUACGCGAGGAUCUUCGCAAUAACGCCGCGCCAGUCAUACGAAAAAGUCCUCCACCUCCUUCCCCUCCUCUUCCUCCAUCCAUCGUCGAAGUAACAACUCGGCACAAUUAAGCUACAUUAAACGUGUACAUAUUUUACUGUGCCGGGGGAAUGUCUGGCGCGCGUUUGACGGCGCGCUCCGAGAUGGAACUAACUGUCGGUUAUUAUUCGCCGAAAAUAAUUUCGCGCCGUCAGCUGUGCCGUUCCCCAGUGGACUCGCAAAUCGCGACAUUUACCGACACACGAAGCCCGAAAAGCCAGCGUAAAAUUGCUGCCGACGAUUGCGGGAGAUCGCCAUACGAUCUCGCGGGAGAAAGCAAACCUGGCUUCCCCGAGACGGAUCGAAGCUGCGCACGCCAUAUGCCCCACACUGAGAACAAAAUACUUGAAAAUUUCUGUGGAACAAAAGUUUAUUUUGCGGAAAUAAACUUUAUUCUAUAUAUAACAGAACUUUAUUCUAUAUAUAACUAUAUAUAACUUUAUUCUAUAUAUAACAGAAAUUGAUUUUAUUUCGCGCAGCAAUAUGAACUUUAUAUCUCACAAAUAAAUUUUCAAAUACUUCUUUCUCAGCGCAAAAAGCGGACGUACGCGACAGAGAAGUGGAGAGGAGGAGAUGACGGGAGCAAGAGCGAAAAACAAAUUAAAAACACUCCCCUUCGGAAAAGAAUCGUAUUACUGUGUCCAGUAUAUAACGUUGGAAACAAAAAUAAAAAAUAAGGGAAAAAAUAUAUCGCCCCCUCGAUUUGCUCACGAUGUAAUAAUCGGCGACGUAAUAAUCGGCGCUGAUACGACGAGAGUAGUUAGAGUGCCGACACGGGUAAAAUAAGACGAAUGAAGAGAUAAAAGCCUUCUUCCUCCUCCUCCAUCACCUUUCAUCGUCCUUCUUCCUUCUACUUUCGUCGCGUUCUCCGGCGCGAAUUCUUGACCAAGCAAGCCUCCUCCUCGUGCUCGCAAGAAGUAACACAAGUUAGGUAACUUGAAAAGUUUGUAGGACGUUCGAGGAACGGAGGAGAAUAAAUGGUGAAAGCGGGGAAUAUAAGGAGGCGAGUUACGCGGGCUACGUAUGCAGGACGCGCGCCACCCUCAGACUCAGUCGUUCCUUUUAUAUUCUUAUUUCGUUCCGCCGGUAUAUAUAUAUAUAUAUAUAUCACGUCAGAGUAAGACGAAGAGAAGAAGAAGAAGAUGAUGAUAUGUGGAUUCUCACUCUCGGACAAACUCGUUCUGAGAGUUAUCUGGAAACUCGUGAGAUCCUGCCACCGCAACAGAGUCCAAUUUCGCUUCGAUCGAAAUUCGCAAACAUCUCGGCUCGUUGGUGCUAUUAAAUUCUUCAUAUCGCAUGCAUCACGGGUACUAAAUUCAAUUUUCAACAACCGAUCUCUCAUGACAAAUUCGCCGAGGCUCCUUUCUCUCUGUUCGUACUGUCGUGGCUACACACGGCAAAGCGCUUCCAUCGCAAUUAAUCCUGUAGUGAUAUUAAUGUUACCACGCGUGUGAAAAGAGAGUUAUCACUUCUCUUUUUAUUCUUUGCUCUUCGAACGUAUGUACUAUACUAUUAUAUAUUUGUGGCAAGUUAGUAUUAUUGCAAUAACACUGCUGCUCUCUCUCUUUCUUUCUCUUUCUCUCUCUCAGAGAAUCAUAGUUUCACAGACGAUGGCUUAGCCAACUGGUCGAGCUAGGCCACAAUUAAACAGCUUCAAUUACGUGCUCGAUGCAUGUUAAACCUUGGAACCGCGACCGUGGAUAAGGUGGGUUUAGUUUAAACUUAUAACAUACUUCUUUUAAAUCCCAAUUUCAAUAUAGAGUACAGAGUGCACUUUCAAUCAUAAAUAUUUUCUCGAAAAGUAGAUAUUCUUAUAUUUUUAUAUUAUCUUUUUUUUUCAUUUAAACACAUACAUUUUCAUUUAAAUGUUAGGAAUACGUCUAUAUCGUUAACUACGACACUGAGAUUAAAAAAAAAAAAAAUUAAUUUUGCAAAAAGACCGAAUAGAAAUUUUCUUAAUUACAAAAAAGCUACUUGCUCGACAAUUUAUAUUUAUAUUUCUUUAUAACGCCGUAUUGCAAAAAACUAAAUGCUAUUUGUUAAAGGUGAAAGAUGUAAUUUUUCAGAAAAAAAUGUGAAACAGCGAUUUGAAAAAUAUAUAUUGUUUUAACACGAAGAAUUGUAACGUCAAGAGCGAUUUCAACGUUACCAUUCUACAUUUGCUAAACAGCAGAUGGAAUUGCGCAGCAUAGGCGAUUUGUAGAGGGAAGAUAGAAGUGUUCCUUUCGCCUCAAAUUCCGACUCCCUACCUUUCGUUAUAUAGAAACGGCGGCUGUUUCAACAACAGCAUGUGUGCGGUACAGCUAAGUGUGGUAUUCUCGGGUUAACGACGCGUUUCCGCCUCGGAUCUCGAGGGGUGCGAUAUUUGCCACUUAAAUUCCAAUUUCCAAAUUCAACAUUUCUCCAUCUAAUCGCGUCCACGCGUGGCCCGGUGAUAAUUCUUGAACGUGUCAACGUUUGAACGACUUCGAAAUUUCGAGACAUUUUGAUGUAUUUUCUCUCUGCAACCCUCCCCAGAAGAAGUAGAACGCUCGAGGGCGUCGGGUAAACACGAGUGUACUGUACCCGUCAUAUUAUUCUUGCUGUAUUAAUCCUCGAACACAAUGGUGUUGAUUUAAUGAAACGAUGUAAUUUGCCAUCUGACAAGCAACAUCAAGUGUAUUCUCCGGGGUACUUCGUGUGUCUACUCUGCGCUCGCGGCUUCUACCAUUGUCUCUAUUCUACAUCUCGACGAUGCGAUUGUAAUCUGUUACAACCUCCUCUGCAUUAACGUGUUAUCGCGUCCUCCUCGACCGCCACUUUUCCACGUCUUUUCUCUCCUUCGCGCUCGUCCACAUCGCGGUGAGGGAAACGCGGCCGUUUUUCGCACGUGAAAAGGGAGCAGCGCGGAUCCUUAUUUCGCUCCGGAGAACACAACGACUGGUACUCCCCGCGAUUGCCGCCAAUAAAAGCAGGAAUCCUUCCCGCACCCUAUUCGUCUACAGAGUAUCUAACGCAAGACAUAAUAACGCACGUGUGCGGAUGGAGCAGUCAACCUGAGCAAAAAAACUACCAUUAAAAAAAAACCACGUAAAAUUUAGAGACACUAAUAAGAGUAGCGAAUCAGUGCGCGUGAGAGAGACGAGCUAUGAUAAUCGUUCUGCUCAGAUUGACGUGCUCCACACGGAGAGAACUUUGUGGCAAACAUUACUGCAGGAUUUUGUAAAGAGGAAUAGAUCGACAUUCUGCAGUAAUGUACUUUUUAUUUCAUAUACGCUACUUAUAUUUUAGGAACUAGAAUGUGCUAUUAAAACACAUGUUGCUUCCAGUGAAAUUUACUAUGUUCCUUAACAAGACGGAUCUUAAGCUUGAUUCACAAUGUGUUCUUUGCUUCCUGCUUCUUUCUCUUUAUUUCUUUCUCACUCAAACCUUAAGCUUUAAGCCAGAAAAAGAUAGAAGACAAGAAACAAGACGCAAAGAGCAUAUUGUAGAUCAGGUUUUACUGGCAAUCUGGUUCUAGACUAUAGCGAGUUCUAGACUAGUUUCAGACUAUGUGACACAAUGAAAUUAAAAAGAAUUUAUAUGAGAAAAACUGGUUGGAUCUCCGUGUAUACCAUGUGUGUUGUCGUGUCUUGCGUCAGACAUCUUGUAUAACACGAAGAAGAGAGAAAGAGUGUGAGAGAAUGCAUUAUCAUGCUGCCGACGUAACAAAUAAAACAAGAGCGGAAAAAGAGCACGAGCGUUGACCGCGGGGCUCGCGAAGGGAAUAACAGAGGGUGUUUGCGCGAACCCUGUCAGCAACGUGGUGCCUAACGGGACAAAAGUGUGCAACCGCGGGUUUAUCUCGCCGAAACGAAAGACGAUGUCUCUCGGUUUCCCCUUGGCGGCCGUAUAUAAUAUUGACAUUCCUCCGUACACAGGGUGUCGCCGAGUUUCACAUGACAGUCGAUUAUUUCACGGUAAAAGACGUGCAGAUGUAAGAGAAUCUUCGCAGUUUACAUACUGGAGCUGUGUUAACACACGCAAUUCGAUCUUUCGACAGGGCCUCUCUCGAAUAGGCUGAAACGUUUUUAUUGAGCGCGACUUUGAUUUGAACAUUGUGUAGUUUCACAGCUUGGUAGAAAGGGAGAAUUUUGGAAGAACGCACGACGUCGAAACACGGCGUCGCGGACUCGGGGACACCCUGUAUGCACGGCGCUCGCGAACCGAAGCAAAACGUAAGGAAACAACAUAGACAAACAACAUAGACAAUCAACGGCACUGAUAACAGAGUUUCGCUCGCGUUAUGGCGCCCGCCAUGUGCGCACGGCAGUUUAUUAAUUAGUAAUAAUUACCGCAUAUUGUGCAAUAAGUGCGAACUAAUCUGAGAUUAAACUGAAUGUCUUGUACAUAGUGAGUGUAUAAAUUAUCACUGUAUAGCGAUCAUACACACGAUACACUUAGCUGCGGAAUAUGCGACUGUAUUUGAGAUGUUCACUAUUUCUUUUUGUUAUGACUCAUUUAAAUUAAGAUUGGUCGAAAUAAAGAUUGUUUUUCGAA